GACGUACCACAUGUAUACGCUCAUCGGCGUCGCGAAUGACUACUUCUACUCGAACGACAUCGAGUAUAUCGCAAACAUGUAGGACGAUGUCAAGCUCGCCGUCGAUUUCGCCCUCAGCUUUGUCGAUGCUUUUGGGCUGAUGAACGUGACAUCUCCCAAUGAUUGGCUGCGAUAUGGAAUGGGCGGGCACAACAUCGAAGCAAACGCGAUUCUAUACCACACCUUGAACCGAUUGUCGUCUUUGGCCGCCGUCCUGAACGAAAGCAGCCUCGUCGCCUCGCGGGCCCAGACUGCCUCCACCCUCAAGUCGUCCGCCAACACGCUCCUCUGGGAUGACUCCGCCGGGAUGUACCGCGACAACGAGACGACGACGCUCCACCCCCAAGACGGCAACGCCUGGGCCGUUGUCGCCAAUCUUACCCUCAGCGCGACCCAGUCCCGCUCCAUCAGCUCCAACCUCGCCGCGCGCUGGACACCGUACGGCGCCCCGGCCCCGGAGGCGGCCGACGCGAUCUCGCCCUUCAUAUCCGGCUUCGAGCUGCAGGCGCACGUCCUCGCGGGCAACGUCAGUGCCGCGCUCGACUUGAUGCGCCUCCAGUGGGGGUUCAUGCUCGACGACCCGCGGAUGACGAACAGCACGUUCAUCGAGGGCUACUCGACCACUGGCGCGCUGCUCUACGCGCCGUACAGGCUCGACGCGCACAUCAGCCGCGCGCUGGUUCCUCACUAGUUUAGAAUCGCUCGGUGCUACACUCCUAUCAGCUCCUCUCUGCCUCCGCCACGAGGUCUUCUGCCGCCCAGAAGGCGACAGCCGUAACUUGCUUCUUGCCGGCUUGCACAUUCAAAUUCACGACCCGGCUUACGAUGCGGCGGAUCAUUGUCCACGACUUCAUCGCCGAAAGCCCGAUUGGUUAUACCGCGCGUGCCGUGAUUCGAGAGACAAACUGGCGCCGGGCGCUGCCAUGUCACCCUACCGGUUGAGAUGCUCAGCAGCACUCCCCUCGCGAUUGUGGACGCUUCGAUAGCGACAACGAUGCGCAGGGCAGCUGCCCGACAACUCUGCAUGCGACGAGCGUUCUCGAAGGACCCUCAAUGCUAGGACUUGAGUAUCGGCAGUUAGGCUCUACAUCAUGUGGCUGCAGAGGCCUGAAUGAUCGACGGGUGUUUGUCAAUGUAAACCUCAUGAAGCAGCCGUCCACAUCUCGACCACCGACGGCCCUUCGUCCACGACAAUAGAUUGGCAUCUGCCAAUUCUCGUAGCCUGCGAGAGUGCACUUGUUCGGCUUCCAUUGUGCGUCUCGGCAUGUGAUAGAUGGCUACUACAUACACCAGUGCUGGUACUGCAUAAUAUCAUGCAGGUUUAUCCCACAACUCGAAGCUGAACCCACAUUCCGUCAACCUUCUUGCCCUGAACCUCGAAGCCGCCGUCGUUUCCCGAGACUACAAAGCGGAUUAACUGCGUCGUUACGAGAUUGCGCGAUGAACGUACGAACGACACCGCCCGGUGAUCUAGGUCCGAACUCCGUGCCCCAAUCUGCGAUAGAUUCCAGCGCCGCCUCUCUAUCCCCAGACUCCUGUGCCAAUUUCUCAAUUUCACGCAAGGAAUAAAGACACCAGCAGCCGCUGUCGACGCUGAACGAGUCGAUGUGCUCCCAUGCUACCUCUUCGAAUCCGUUCGAGUCGAAGCUUACAUGCCGGACAACGACCCUGGGACCCGCUCGUUCGGCGACAUCGCCAACCGGACCGUCCGCGAAUAGGUUUACGCUGGAAACGGCCCAAGGACCAGCCCGAAGAUCACCAAUGAUGCACUCGAAGUCGUCUCCGGGGCCUUUGGCGAUGUUGAUGUCCCCAGCCACUACGCUAUCGCCUUCGACUACCUGAGAUGAUGAUAAGUAAUCAGGGAAAGGGGGAUCAAUAGACGGCUGACCUCAAAGGCCAGGAGGGUAUCUGAGGUAUUCAAUUCUUUGACCUUAGUUUCGUGAGCGUCGAACCAAGCGUCAAACUUGGACUGGGGCUUCGCGUCCGUAGUUCUCGCCUCGCGAUCAACCCCGAUACUGAUCGGCCCGAGCCAUUCGCACCGUAUGACUCCCGGUCGUACGACAUGCGCCACGCUCUCUGGAUCAGGCCCAAAUCCGAACUCGGAGGCUGUACAGGACAAGUCGACGACGAACUCCUUGUUGAAAGUCGUCACACAAUACAACCUACGCGUCGUCGGCUCAUAGCCCCAGGCGAUGCCAAUCCUCUGCUCGAAUGACAGUUUGCGGGUUUGGUGAGGCCGUCGUUCCGCGCCAGCGCUAUUGGAAGUGUGUGGGCGAGUCGAAAUCUGGAUCCAUCUCCCGAGGAUUAGUCCACGGAUCUCCUCCGUAG